GGCGGCGGCGGCCGUGGCGGCGCCGGCGGCAGCUGCUGCUGCGUCGGCCUGUCAGUGAAGAAGACGCAGCGCCGGUGGCGGCGGCGGCAGCGGAAACGGCGUGCGUGGCACAGAUCGAAGUCAUCAUGCGAAUAGAAAAGGAACAGCAUUCAACCUCGGAGGCGCUGACGUCGGCUGAGAAAACGGAGUUGGACAUCUUGGAGAAGAAACAUUACGGGAGCAUUACUAAUGGCUUCAACGGAUUUACUGGUGUGAAUGGCAUCAAAGACUUCAGCAACAACAACGAUGUCAACGAUUUCGAGGAAGUUAAUAUCAAAGAAGUCGACAAGAACUCUGCCCCCGAUCCUGCACCUGGGAAGGAUGAUGAGAAAGUCAUUUCCGUUCCAUACUUUUCAUUGUUCCGUUAUGCGACGGGAUGCGAAAGGGCUCUGGUGGCUUUGGGGCUGUUGCUUGGUGUUUUAACCGGUCUGGGUCAGCCUGUCAUCAUCAUUCUGUACGGAGAGUUUACCACGUUGUUAGUGGACCGCAACAUGGACAACAUCACUUCCACUCCAACCUCUCUGCUAUGGAUCUUCGGCGGAGGUCGAGUGUUGGUGAACGCCAGCUGGGAGGAGCGACGCGAGGCCCUGCUGGAGGACUCGGCGGCAUUCGGGCUGGGCGGCGUCUGCUUGGCCGCAGUGCAGUUCACCAUCGCCGUUUGCUGCGUCACCUGCCUCAACUACUCGGCUCACCGACAGGUGGGGCGAGUGCGCAGGCUGUUUCUUCGCGCCGUGCUGCGCCAGGAGAUGGCUUGGUUCGACACGCGGGAUCCCUCCUCCUUCGCCAGUCGUCUCACAGAGUCCUUCUUCCGGAGGACGCCUCGUUUUUUUUUCACGGUUCAUACGUUUGCUGCGUAACGCGUGCGUAACCCGGCAGAGACCUGGACAAGAUGCAGGACGGCAUCGGCGAGAAGCUGGGGAUGUUCAUGUUCCUGGUGGUGUCGUUCGUGUCGUCGGUGAUCAUGUCGCUGCUGUACGGCUGGGAGCUGACGCUGGUGGUGCUGUCGUGCGCGCCCGUCAUCAUCGUGGCGACGGCGCUCGUCUCCAAGGUCCAGAGCAGCCUGGCGGCGCGCGAGCAGGAGGCGUACGGCUCGGCGGGCGCCGCCGUCGAGGAGACGCUCUCCGCCAUUCGCACCGUCGCCGCCUUCGCCGGCCAGGACAAGGAGGCGCAGAGAUACGCCGAGCGGCUGCAGUCGGCCGAGGCGAUGGGCUGCAAGCGAGGGCUGUUCUCCGGCGUGGGCGGCGGCGUCAUGUGGUUCAUCAUCUACAGCAGCUACUCGCUGGCUCUGUGGUACGGCGUGGAGCUGAUCCUGGAGGGCCGCGAGGCCGGCAGCGGCGAGUACACGCCGGCCGUGCUCGUCAUCGUGCUCUUCGGAGUGCUCUCGGGGGCCAUGAACAUGGGCAUGGCGUCGCCGCAUAUCGAGGCCUUCGCGGUGGCGCGCGGGGCGGCGGCGGCGGUGUUCGCGGUGCUGGAGCGCGCGCCGCUCAUGGACCCGCUGGCGGAGGGCGGGCGCCGGCCCGAGCGGCCGCCGCGCGGGGACCUCACGCUGCGCGCCGUGCGCUUCAGCUACCCCGCGCGCCCGCACGCGCCCGUGCUGCGCGGCCUCGACCUGAGCGUGCGCCGCGGCGAGACGGUGGCGCUGGUGGGCGCGUCGGGCUGCGGCAAGUCCACCGUGGUGCAGCUGCUGCAGCGCCUCUACGACCCGCAGGACGGACAGGUGCUGCUGGACGGGGAGGACGUGCGCGAGCUGAACCUGGCGUGGCUGCGCUCGCACGUGGGCGUGGUGGGCCAGGAGCCCGCGCUCUUCGCCGUCAGCAUCGCCGAGAACAUCCGCUACGGCCGCGAGGACGCCACGCGCGCCGACAUCGAGGCGGCCGCCAAGGAGGCCAGCGCGCACGACUUCAUCACGCGCCUGCCGCAGGGCUACGACACGGAGGUGGGCGAGCGCGGCACGCAGCUGUCGGGCGGGCAGAAGCAGCGCAUCGCCAUCGCGCGCGCCCUGGUGCGCAACCCGCGCAUCCUGCUGCUUGACGAGGCCACGUCGGCGCUGGACCUGCAGAGCGAGGCGCUGGUGCAGCGGGCGCUGGAGCGCGCGGCGCGCGGCCGCACCACCGUGGUGGUGGCGCACCGCCUCUCCACCAUCGCCGCCGCCGACCGCAUCGUGUGCCUGGCCGACGGCCGCGUCGUCGAGCAGGGCACGCACAGCGAGCUGCUGGCGCUCAAGGGCCACUACUAUGCGCUGGUGGCCGCCGCCGCGGGCGCCGAAGGCGGCGCACUGGCGGCGCCUGGGGCUGCAGCGGAGAGCGUGCCGCUGGAGCAGGACGGUCGCGCCGACCAGCUGCCGGAGGUGCUGGCUCGCCAGCUGUCCGCACCGCGCCUCAGCGAGGACGACCUCAAGCCGCUCGACGCCGCUCGGCUCAAGCACGAAGGAGAGGAGGCGCCCUACGAGGCGCCGCUCAGCCGCAUCAUGGCCAUGAACAAGCCCGAGUACCCGCACAUCGCCGUGGGCUGCCUGGCGUCCUUCACAGUGGGGGCCUCGCUUCCGUUCUUCGCCGUGCUCUUCGGAGAAGCGCUGUCGCUGGAGUCUCCGGAGGAGGUGCGCGGGUCGGUGGUGGUGUUCGCGUGCCUGUUCAUCGUGGUGGGCGUGAUGGCCGGCGGCGGCACCUUCCUGCAGAUGUACACGCUGGGCGUGGCCGGGUCGCGGCUGACGUCGCGCCUGCGCCGUGAGGCCUUCGCCGCGCUGCUGCGCCAGGAGGUGGCCUUCUUCGACGAGGAGCGCCACGGCGUGGGCGCUACUGGGUCGCGCAUUGGCUCCAUCCUGCAGUCGACGUCGACGCUGGUGAUCGGCGUGCUGCUUUCGUUCUACUACACGUGGAAGCUGACGCUGGUGUCGAUGCUGAGCGUGCCACUGGUGUUCACCGGCGUGUUCCUGGAGGCGCGCCUCAUGCACGGGCAGGGCCUGCAUGAGAAGCAGGCGCUGGAGGGCGCGUCCAAGGUGGCGGUGGAGGUGAUCGCCAACGUGCGCACGGUGGCAGCGCUGGGCGGCGAGCGCGCCUUCCUGCGGCGCUACGGCGACGCGCUGUCCGCGGCCGAGGCGGCCGGCCGCGGCAAGAUGCGCUGGCGCGGCGUCGUCUUCGCCAUGGGCCAGUGCUCGUGGUUCCUCGCCUACAGCCUGGCGCUCUACUACGGCGGCAUCCUCGUCGCCAACGAGGGCCUGCCCUACCAGAACGUCAUUAAAGUGUCUGAAGCGCUCAUCUUUGGCUCGUGGAUGCUGGGCCAAUCGCUGGCGUUCGCCCCCAACUUCUCCUCGGCCAAGCUCUCCGCCGGCCGGCUGUUCUCGCUGCUCGACAGGGUGCCACGCGUCGUUGGUUCCAAGCCCAAGGACGGAGUCAAGAUGGAGUUCUCCGCGAGUGGAGUUCGAGGGCGUGGAAGUUUUCGCCUACCCACGCGGCCUGAGGCGCGCCGUCGCUGCCGGCCUGCGGCUGCAAGGUGCCGGCGGGGCCACGGUGGCGCGCUUGGUGGGCCCAGCGGCUGCGCAACGUCCACGUGCCUGCAGCUCCUGCAGCGCCUCUACGACCCGCUCGCCGGCAGCGUGCUGGUGGACGGGCGCGCGACGACGGCGCUGCCGCUGGAGGCGCUGCGCGCGCAGCUGGGCAUCGUUUCGCAGGAGCCCGUGCUCUUCGACCGCACCAUCGCCGAGAACAUCGCCUACGGGGACAACGCGCGCGCCGUGCCCAUCGACGAGGGGUACGAGACGCGGCUGGGCGCGAAGGGCACGCAGCUGUCGGGCGGGCAGAAGCAGCGCAUCGCCAUCGCGCGCGCCCUGGUGCGCAACCCGCGCAUCCUGCUGCUUGACGAGGCCACGUCGGCGCUGGACAGCCAGAGCGAGAAGGUGGUGCAAAAGGCCUUGGAUGAAGCUCAACAGGGUCGGACGUGUAUUGUGAUCGCCCAUCGCUUAGCAACGGUGCAACAAGCGGACGUCAUUUGCGUGGUCAAUCAUGGGAAGAUUGCGGAAAUGGGAACUCACUCGCAAUUGUUGGCAAGGCGGGGACUGUACUACCAACUGCAUCAGCGCGAUACUGCUCAAGCUUCUUAGAAUGCUGCAGGAAUUUGUUUUCGGUCUGAGAGAAAAAUUGUUUAAUGUGCCUCAGAGUUGUACACACUGUCCUUUUCGUUACUUGUAAAUUGUUAUUUACUCAAGCUGCAAGUGCUGAACAACAUAAAUAUCUGAUAAUUUUGAUUUUAUAAUGAUUAAGUAACUUCGAAAUAAAAAUGUAGUAAAUUAAGUAUUAAAUUAUAUAUUGGCAAUGAUCAAAUUAUUCAUGCAUUGUUGUGAAUGAUUUUUAAUUUGUGAAUUAAUUUUCUCAUAACGAGUAAAUUAAUAUUUUAUGUUCUAAAAUAAUCUAUUCAAUUAUAAACAUGUCAAUUACAUGUUAAUAAGGAAUUCGCUUAUCACUCAUGGGGUGAUCUAGAAUUAAUACAUUCUAUAUUCGUUUUUCUCUUUAAUUUUCUUUGCCAUGAUCAUUCUGAAGCUGUUCCUUCAAAAUGUACUGUACAUUGUAUUGAGAUUGCUUGUAUUCAUGUUGGAUAUGUCCAGUAUUUCGCCUAUUACAUUUAAAAGUUGUGAGA